UGCGACUGAUGGAUGCGAUUGCGGCGGUCCAAGAGUAACGCCUUGUCGCUAUCAUUACUGCUCAUCCCUCACAGACUGAGAGAGAGGAGGACAGAGAAAGGCGGCUGUUGCUCAUGACAAUUUGUUUUUUUGUUGCAUUCAGCAUGAACCAUCAAACCGUCCAUGGGCUCGGAGCGGGUGGAGAUGCGUAAGAGACAGAUGCAGGUUCAUCAGGAAGCAGCUGCCAGUGUCCUCCAAGCGCGCCACAGAAUGGGAAACACCCCCACCAACGCCUCUAACGCCUGCUGCUUCUGCUGGUGCUGCUGCUGUAGCUGCUCCUGUUUGACCGUUAGGAGUGAGGACGAGACAAUACAGAGGUCCACUUUUGAGCGCAGGACAGAGGGAACCAACAAUUGUGAAGAAAGCCCGAAGCCCACUCUGGAAGACGCUCGCUCCUGGCCCAUGUCGUUUGAAAAGGUGAUGAAGAGUGCAGCGGGCCGCGGCUGCUUCAGGCAGUUCCUGAGGACGGAGUUCAGCGAGGAGAACAUGAUGUUCUGGUUCGCCUGCGAGGAGCUCAAAAAGGAGACCAACAAGACUGUGGUGGAGGAGAAAGUCCGUCAGAUAUACGAGGACUUCAUCUCAAUCCUGUCCCCUAAAGAGGUCAGUUUGGACUCACGUGUUCGAGAAGUGAUAAACCGCAACAUGCUGGAGGCCACCUCGCACACGUUCGACGACGCGCAGCAGCAGAUCUACACGCUGAUGCAGAGAGACUCAUACCCUCGCUACAUGAACUCAACUGCGUACACAGAUCUGCUGAAGAGCCUGGAGGAGCCUCCCCCGGAGCCAUAGACCCACCACUGACACACACUUAGCUUUUGAAAAUGGCGCAUGCGUCCCACCCGAAGGAGUUCUGUGUUCCUGUUGGAGUACCGCUAUUUAGAGAAAGACAGACAGGAAAAUGACCACUUCUUAAAACCGGUCGUCACCCAGCUGUUAAGUGCGGUUUAUUUACCCAUGAUUAGCUUACCAAAAUACUCGGAGCAAACAAGAACAAAUGCUUCAGCAUCAGUUACUUGUUAGAAAACAUAUCUAUAUUUUUAUAUAUUCCCUAGCUUGACAUUGCACUUUUCUACCUUGUUUAAUGAGGGAAAGCAUGCAUCUGUGAGCACUGCAUUUGUAUUUAGGUAUAUUGUGAGCCUUAAUGCAUAUCCAGUUCUUAUAGAAACUACUAGGUUUUAUUUAACAGUAACUUAUGAAGAAGGAAAGUGCCUUGGAAUAAGAUCUUCUACACUAGCACCUUUGGUCUAACGUGGAUGGUGCGACAAUGACUUCAUAUGUUGGUGCUUUCAGCUCUUCUCAAAGAAAAAAAGUUUAUACAACUCGAUGAGCUGAGAACCGGAAAUAGAUCUUGUCUGUGUGUUUCAAUACUGUGAUAUUAGUCAUAUUAUGUUUAAUUUAAACAAACUGAAAUACAUGACCAUGACCACUGAUAUAUUUGUGUAUUUUAAAAGAUAUUUGUGCAAAAUAGAUAUUUUAAUUCUCACAAAUUAAAUAAAGCACAAUCGUAUGUUGUUUUUUGCAGUUGUGUGUUUUCAACAUAUGGCACUAUAAAUUACAAGAAAUAAUUCCUAUGUGGAUAAGGCUGCCUUCAAAAAAAAAGUUUUCUCUGAAAAUGCUUUGUUAAGAUUUCUUUAACAAAUUAUGGGUGCAAAAACAUGAACUGUCGAUUAUUGUUUUUACAUAAUUGUUUAGCCUUUAAGACAACUCCAAAAACACCAACAUAGCAUAUUUAAAAUAUAUUUAUAUUUUUAAAAAGCAAAUCUGGAGGCGUUUUUAUCUAGUGCAUUUGUUAUAUUUCUUUAUCAACUAAUAACUUGCUUCAGCACUACUACACUAAAGCUUCAUUGAUAAAAAAAAAAGAACAUUUAACAAUAAGCCAUUUAUUGUGAGAUAUUAGGAAUUAAACCAUAAAGUAGCCCUAGUUAUUCCAGUACAUGUGUUUCCUGCAGGAGAUGGCUUGUCUUAAUGGCAUAGCUUUACAAUCAAGCAACUAAAGUUACUCUAACACU